AUGAGGAGACUCCAGGGCACAGGGAGCUCGGGGCGAGGUGUCACACCUCUGCUUCCAAGCAUACUGCAGCAGCCAGUGAGGACUCUCACGUAUUGUAGCUUGCGGAAGGGGAAGAGGAAAACGGUGAAAGCCGUGAUCGAUCGGUUCCUCCGGCUGCACAAUGGUCUUUGGGUAAGGAGACGGGCUGGUUACAAGAAAAAACUGUGGAAAAAAUCAGCUGCCCAGAGAAAGCGCUUGAGGGAGCUGGCGCUGUGCAACAGAACUCAGUGCAAACUCCUGGAUAAAAUGACCACCUCUUUUUGGAAGAGAAGAAACUGGUACGUUGACGAUCCCUAUCAGAAGUACCACAACCGCACGAACCUGCGUGUGUAG